AUGAAAGAGCGCCUUCGAAGGGUAGGCAUCAUUCAUCCGCAUGUCCCAAAGCUUUGCUUUGGUGAUUCCCAAGAGUCUGUAUUCAAGGCAGCGCUGCAUCUGGUCCGGUAUGAUCAUCCAACCGCCCACUUCAUCGCUUUGAAGUCCUCAGACCCUCAAGUUAGGAGACUCAAAGUCCAGGUCGCCAUACUGAUAGUACUCACGAAGGACUGGGCUAUCGAAACCCAUGGGAGUUCCGUAUUCAGUGCCCGUGGCUGGGGCGUCUUUGACUACGUUAGAAACUGGGGUGGCCUGUGGCAAGGUCUGGUGUCAGAUACCUCCUUGGUAUGUGGCAUCGAUAACAACCUGUCCGUCCCGGCUCAAGGAGCCUUCAUCUUCCGCCAGAUGACCAAAGCAUUUGAGACGAUCUUGAACGGGGUGACAGAAUAUCCCGAGGUUCACCUUCCUCCUCAUCGAAUCGUGCAUGAGGCUGGAGAUCUGGACAACCAUCAGAUGAAACAACUUCUACGCCAUCUUCUAUGCGCCUACAUCUACCAAGUCACUAAGAGUCAUCUUGCCAUUGAUGAUUAA